ACCAAGACAUCAACAAGGGCACGCCAUUGGUGUACCCGCUACGUUAACGGCUGCUGUUUUACAUUCCCAUGGACCUUUGUGUGGUUUAAUAAGUCUAUACAUACUAUAAAAACACCGCUAUAAAGUGAUAUAAGUGUGUGCAAGGUUAUAUUAACACUGCGUGAUGUACCAUGAGGGUCACACAGUCAACAACACACCAUCACAGCAAGCACACACCGCACGCUGAGCACUACUCAGCCGUUUAAUACCAGUGGACCUUUGUAUUGGUGGUAUAGACUAAAGCAUAAAGGGGAAAAAAUACUAUUCUACACAUAAUUUAUAUCAUUAAAUGAGUGUCUAAAACUUUAAAAGUGAUAUAAGAUAAUAAAGAGAAAUGUGAGGUACUGGCACACCGCCGCCACACUAGCAGAUAUACCAGCCACACCCGACGCCAUGCUCAAGGAACCAGACUCCAUUGUACCAAAACAACACCACUUCAUCAGUUAAUCAUUACACACAGCGACCUACACUUGGGUUGCCAUGUGGCUCGCUUGGAGGUCUUUCGGCAGGUUCACUUUUGGCAGGUUCACAAGACUUGUGUCUUGACCUAUGCAGGAUCUUGCAAGAUGUUGGCGGCAAUGUGGUGUUGGGCGGCGAGGCUGCUGCUGGUGCUGUUGCCGAUGGCUCCACCUCUGCUGCGUCCUGAUGACCAUCUCAUACUGCGUUACUACGCCGCCGUCAUGAGAGUGGUGCGUCCAGUCUUUGUGCACGUCUUACAACUCUUAACUAAGAAGAAGAAUCUCAAGCAGGUCCUCUUUGAUCUUCCAGGAUACUCGAAGAAAAAAUACAAAGCAGACUUCGAGCGUAAACAGAGGCAGCAGCUGGACGACAAUGUCUCAAGUGAGAACUAUGACAUAACGCUACUAUUCACUUUGCUCCAGAAGGUAGGUGGUUUGGCAGAAGAAAACGAUACCAAAUGGUCGACGCAGGGAACAUUGGAGAACAGCUUAAAAAAACUUAAAAAUCAUCGAAAUAUCUUAGCUCAUGAAGAAUUAUCAUUAACGCCUGAGGAACUGCAGAACAUUUUCUCCGACAUUGAAGAGCUUUGCCGUGAGGUGCUUGUGUUAGCUGGCCUCAGAUGCCGAAGCCUUGUGAUUGAGAAUGUUAAGGUUAUGGAGGAGGGUCUGAGUGAGGUACUAACAGGAGGUGUUGACCUGUGGGAACCAUACAAGGAGGCACUCCACAACCUGCAACAAGAGCAGUGCAACAUCUUAGUAAGGGAAGGGAAGAAAGAGAUCAAGGAGCUAGCUAAGAACCUUCGCAUUCUUAACCCGUUUGUGUGGUUGAUGGAAGAUAACUUUGCUCACUUGGAUGUGAACCAAAUAUUUACAGAUUUAGAUAUUGAAGGUCAAGGGCAGGUAGACACCAAAGAUUUUUUUAGCAAUCCUCUUCCUACUGGGAAGUAUCCAGAUGUUCUGAUAACUCACGGGUCACCUGGGAUUGGGAAGACGAGUUUGACAAGAUAUUUUAUCCAUGAUUGGCUUUCAGUUUCUUCUUCCAUUAAUGGGAUUGAUGAGUUUGACAUAGUGUUGCCAGUAGAGUUAAGACAUGUAACAAGUAAAGAUGCCCAAGCGUUGCUCUGUGACGAAGUCCUUCGUAACGCUUGUCAUCACCUGAAGUCCAGUGACAUCAUCCCGACACUGAGGGAGGUGUCUACUCUCUGGUUGCUGGAUGGUUAUGACGAGGCUACUAAGAAAACAAAAGGGCUAGUUAAGGAAAUACUAAAGAAAUUCCCUAAUUCAAAAUUCAUGAUUACCACUCGUACCGAUUGUGUUAAUGAACUUCAGAUGUUAGUUAGUGAUCUUCAUCGUAGUCAAGGAGUGUACCAAUUAAGAGGCUUGACUCCAGACAAGUGGAUUUCUUAUUCCAAAAAAUUGUUUUCCGUGUCAGUUCAAAAUGAUAUUGAUAAUCGCAGGGACUCUUGCAGGAGAUUUUUACAGUUCAUGAAAGAGAAAGAGGAAGAUAUGUGGGAGAUCUUUAGUGUACCAUUGUUUGUGGUUGUUCUUGUGGUGCUGUGGUUGGAGAAGCCUUCUGACGUCACCGAGGCUACCACAGUCACCAGACUCUACCACAUCCUCAUCAACCACAUUAUCAACAGGAUGACCAGACGCCUCCAACUGUCAACUUUAAGUCUCAGUGAAAGCCAACUUCGAGACAAGAUAAACAGUUUUCUUAAUUUACUUGGUAAUAUAUUCUGGGAAAACUCUCAAAGGUAUAAAUACGUCCUUUUUGAUUAUCAAAUUAAAGAAAUAGAGAAACUAUGUGAGAAGUCUGGGCUGCCGUUCAAGGAAUGCAUGUCACCGUUCUUCCUGGUGAUAGUGAAGCCAUCAAUCACCGGGACACAAGAAGAGUAUCACCCUCUCCACAGGACGGUGCAAGAGUUCCUCGCUGCUCGAGCAUUCUGCGACGCCAUGAUAACCCAGGCUUCUGACGUCCUCACCAUCGCUGCUCACUGGAUGGUUAAGCACAGGCAAAAUUUUACUAAAUAUUUUCCCAAUGAAAAAGAAGUUCAUGGAAAAGAUAAUAAUAAGAGAGAUUUUGUUAUGAAUAAGCUCUGUGAUGGAAGCGAUAAUGUGUUUGAUAAUUAUGACUUUGUGGGAGAAAGUAUAUUUUCUUUAAAUUGCCUUUGUCCUAUAUAUGUAUCGAGGCUAAGUGCACAUUUUGGUGAUCCUGGUGAGAGAGAGAGAUAUUUUUGUUGCCAAUAUUUCACAUUUUGUGUAUCAGGAAUAACAGGAAGCUUGAUCAUACCAUUUAUUUGUGGCAUCCUCAAAUUUAAUAAUGAAUUAACUCAAAAAAGGGCAGAACAAAUAAUUUAUGUUGUUAUAUGUGGUCAAGAUAAGAUUAGAAACUAUGUUCUUUGGUUACGUCUUUUGGAUGAAACUUAUAGAGACUCUGUGUUCCUCAAGGAGUUAACAUCCCAAAUAUCUCCUUAUCAAUGGAAUCCCACACCAAACGAGCUGCCAGAGGUAGGACAACUUUUACAGUUCGUAACCCCGGAGUCGCUGCUCGUUCAUCUUUGUGAAUUAUCUGAAUGCACCGAUAAUAAUUUCAUUGAAGGACUUCGUAUACUUUCCAGAUUUCCAAUUAGAAUCUCCCUUGAUUUAGGAAAUGGGAUGAACAACGUUACAAAAAGUUCCCUCACAUUUACUGAGAAGUGCUUGUCACUCCUGCUGGCAUCAGGGACCUCGUGUCGACUAAUUGCUCUCAGUGGUUCCCUCAACAAGCAAAGUUUAAGUAUGCUGUGCCAUGCUCGACACCUUGAAGAUCUGUAUGUAAGAGUCGAUACUCUGGAAGAUUUGCAAACUUUAGCUCAAAUUACAAACAAUUUACAAAACCUUACGAACCUGGGUGUCUUCAUAAAUUUUGUUUUCUCAAAUAUUAAUUACAAAUUACUCCCAACAUUUAACAUUAAACAACAUACAGGAGCAAAUCUUAGUUUUGCACAAGUUCCCAAAGAACAUCUUACGGACUAUGGUCAUUAUUUCUAUGGUGAGUUAUGUUUGAGGCCUCACAAAUGCUCCCCACCCAAGGUUACAAGCCAUAAACAAAUACACAGAUUUGUUAAUGUCCGCAGAGGAGGAAAAAUGAGUUACUUGUGCAAACCUACAUUACCAGCUCUUCCUUAUCCCGUCCACCUUGAGGGACUGAAAACAAAUGGGAUUUAUGAGUUCUUUCGAACGAUGUGGAACUUGCCGUCUGUACAUUGUCAUUCUCGAUGUAGUGAACGAUGCAGGGAUCCAGUCCUGUGUUGGGGUAAGUGCAGGCACAAAUCCCUCGCGCUACUGCAAACGAAACACCAGUGGUUCCAAUGCCACAGAGCAAUUAGAUAUCAUCAGUCAUGCUUUAAGAGGUUAAGAUCGUUUUACAACAUUUUGUGGAUGAUGACUGUUGAAACCUAUAAGCCAGGCAAGCUAACAUACACAAAAUCAUAUGAUCCAAUCAUCAAAGUGUUCUGUUAUAAUAUUCAGGAUCAGCAAUUAUUGAACAAUGAGUGGAUUAAGUUAAAUAUUUUCUCGCUUAAAGUGUGUGAACUUCUGAUGUAUGAACACAAGAUUUGUAUCCAACAGCAUCGCAAACUUCUGACACACGUGAGAGAACCUUCAAUUCCUGUCUCCCCAGUUCGAUUUGCAUUCAUUGAUCCAUUCAUCUUAGACGAAACAACAUUCAGAUCUAUGGUGCAUAAACUCUGUCCAACUCCCUUUAUGAUUGAUGCAAUAAACAUGUCAGAGUAUUCGAGAGAUACAGACAUGGCUUAUCGUGUAUUACAUCUUUGUCAAUCAUUCCCAAGUAUUAAAAGAGUAGCAAUUCAUUAUUGUAUUCUUAUGGAUCAAAAAUGGAAAUUUAAAACUAUGAAAAUAAUUGAUAAAAGUGCACCAUAUUUUAUAUAUGAUAUUUUUAGUUCUUGCUAAACUAGCUUCUAUAUACAAUUUUAAAUAAGCGCGUCUUUUCAUGUGAUCUUCUCCUAAGCUAGCAGUCCAUUGUUUAUCACAGUGAAAUGCAUCAAGUAAAACAUGUGUAUGGGGCAAGUAACAAGGUCAGUAGACUAACAGAAUGUUGUCACAGCUCGAAUAAAAAAUUGGCUACAAGUAUCUCUGGCAGU